AAAAUCUUCUGAAAGUCGCUCUGAUUUGAAGCGCAAGCUAACCAGCUAAACUCGUAGCUUUAGGAAAGUUUUCCUCAAAAAAGUUUUAACCAACUGUAAUACCUACAAGCCACUUGGAUAUAUUCAGUAUGGAUAUUUAUCAAAAGUUUCCCCCUUGUUACAACUUGUUUUGGUCAGUUUUAGCAGAGUAACCGUGUAGGAUCUCGCUGUUUAGUGACUGUAGUUAGCUUAGCAUUGGUGACCCAACUCUCUCCAGCCUUGGACGGCAGUGUUUAUCCUUCAUCCUGGUUUAUGUUUCAAAGGACUUCAGAAUGUCUAUCCUAGGAUUAAAGAAGAAACAGCCAAAGACUUUCAAAGUCAAAGUUAUCACAAUGGAUGCUGAAAUGGAGUUCAUGUGUGAGGUUAAAUGGAAAGGUAAGGACCUGUUUGACCUUGUGUGUCGCACUGUUGGCUUGAGGGAGACCUGGUUUUUUGGACUCAGGUACACAGUGAAGGACACUUAUGCCUGGCUAAAACCGGAGAAACGGGUUUUGGACCAGGAGGUUCCCAAGGACUCUCCCAUAACGUUUCACUUCCUGGCUAAAUUCUUCCCUGAAAAGGUAGAAGAGGAACUGGUCCAAGAAAUUACACAACACCUCUUCUUCUUACAGGUGAAAAAACAGAUAUUAGAUGAGGAGAUAUUCUGCUCCCCUGAAGCUUCAGUUCUCUUGGCGUCUUAUGCUGUCCAGGCAAAGUAUGGGGACUAUGACCCAAACUUCCACAAGCCAGGCUUCCUGGCACAAGAUGAGCUGUUGCCAAAAGGGGUUCUGAUGCAAUACCAAAUGACAGCUGAAAUGUGGGAGGAGAAGAUCACAGCUUGGUAUGCAGAGCACAGAGGCAUCGCCAGAGAUGAAGCUGAGAUGGAAUAUUUAAAGAUCGCUCAGGACCUUGAGAUGUACGGUGUCAGCUACUUUGCCAUUACUCAAAAUAAGAGGGACACGGACCUUUUGCUUGGGGUGGAUGCUCAGGGUCUUCACAUCUACAGACCCAACAACAAACUCAGCCCCAACAAGUCCUUCCCUUGGAGUGGAAUUCGUAAUAUCUCUUACAGUGAAAAGGAGUUCACAAUCAAACCCCUAGACAAGAAAAAAGAUGUUUUCAAGUUUUACUCGUCUCAGCUACGCGUCAACAAGCUGAUCCUGCAGUUGUGCAUUGGGAACCACGAUCUAUUCAUGAGGAGAAGGAAGGUGGACUCGAUCGAAGUGCAGCAGAUGAAGGCUCAAGCUAAAGAGGAGAAGGCCCGAAAGAAGAUGGAGCGUCAGAUCUUGGCAAGAGAAAAACAGAUGAGAGAAGAAGCAGAACGAGCAAAAGAGGAGAUGGAGCGGAGACUUUUUCAGCUGCAGGAUGAGUCGCGACUUGCCAACGAGGCGCUGAUUCGCUCUGAGGAGACGGCAGACCUGCUGGCUGAGAAAGCCCAGAUUGCUGAGGAGGAAGCCAAGCUGUUGGCCCACAAGGCUGCCGAGGCUGAGCAGGAAAGACAGAGACUAGAGGUCACAGCAAUGAAAACCAAGGAGGAGAAGAGGCUGAUGGAGCAGAAGAUGAGGGAAGCGGAGACGCUGGCAGUAAAGCUGGUGGAGCAGUCUGAGAGGAGGCUGAAGGAAGCUGAUCACCUGAAACAGGAUCUGACAGAAGCAAAGGACGCAGAAAGGAGAGCCAAGCAGAAGCUGCUGGAGAUCACCAAGACGACAUACCCGCUCAUAGCAGCCUACUCUGCUCCACCUGCUCCUCCUGAACCCGGAGAGCUGGGGUUUGAAUCGAUGGGCUCUCGUGUCGACUUCAAGGACUCGGACAUGAAGAGGCUGUCCAUGGAGAUUGAGAGAGAGCGGCUGGAGUACAUGGAGAAGAGCAAGCACCUGCAGGACCAGCUGAAGGAGCUGAAAACAGAGAUUGAAUCUCUGAAGCUGGAGGAGCAGCAGCAGCAGGCCAGCCUGUACAGCAUCCACAACGAGGCCAGGGGAUACGUCCAAGAACCUGUCUACAUACCUCACAGCAACCGUAACUCCGCGUACAUGUCUCAGAUGGCCUUCUUUGAAGAAGUGUGAUCAUAGUCCGGCACGUCUGAAAGGGAAGGCACCUGUGGCUGGGAUUCAGUUCUCCUGUUUGCCUAUUUUGUUUUUACCUGGCUAAGAACAACAGACAGACUGAGACGCACGUACACCAUGACGGUGCGCUUUGCAAAGACUUAAAAUCUAUCCUCCACAGCAGAUAGACGCCAUCUGUCCCUGCAGCAUCUUCCCCAUCUCUGUUAUGUAAAAAGAACAUUGGUGUGCGACACGUGCAACGCUAAUCACUGAUUUAGGAUUUGGUGUAGAAUAUAGAAAUAUGAACAAGUUGUUUUGUUAUUCUUUAUUUGACGUGUUUUUUGUGGUUUUUAUCCUUAAGAUGGGCAGAUUUAUAAAUGUGUCCAUCUUAACACUAAGUUACACCUAAACAUGUUCAUCAAACUGAAGUGUGAGUAAUUUUCCUUCCAACGAACAAGAAUUACUCAAACUUAGCUUUUGGACAGAAAAAAAAGAAACCCUAAUGUCAGAUUUCAGAAGCUAGAGCUACAUGUACGUAGGUACAUCAUGAUCAAUGUGAGAAACAACCCUGCGAUGGGAGCUCACACACGUUCACACUAACGGGUGCAUUAAGGGAAUAUGUCAGGGUUUUGACAAUGUUAAAUUCAGUGUUGGGUCUUUUUCUUUUUCUUUGUUUCCUGCUUCAUGAAUCGCCUUUAAUGAUAUCACACAGGUGCUUUUAUUGUUAGCGAUGCCUGGUCACAGGAGUCCAUACAUGCGUAUGACAGUUUCAAGCUUAAGCUCUGCCAUUUCAAGAUUUUUGUAUUUUGCACUCCAACCUGCUGAUGUGCCUUGAACUUUGAUUUUUGCUAUAGUAUUUUAAGGUUCUGAGAUGUGUUUUUGGUGUCAUUUUUGCUCAUGUCCUACUCACAUGUCUUAGCAUCAGGGUAACUUUGGGGACGACAUCUUCCCUAAAUGAACUGACAGAAAAGAAAACUGACGACUUUCUUUUUUCCCCUCAUAAUGCACUUUUCAGGUUUAGUGUUGGAGACGAUCAUUUAUAGUUAGAAUCCUCUUGGUUUUAUCACCAUAAGAUAGCAUUAGUAGUCUAGUAAAACAUUUCUGUAAAACGUUGUGCUAUUACAAUAUAAUAUCCUGUAAUGGUAACAGAUUAUCCUAACUAUGCAAAGACGUCCUCAAGCGGCCUUUUUCUGCAGUUUGGUCUGAAUAAAAGUUUUAAAUGAGCACAUGUCGGUGAGGCAGUCACAUGUAUCAGACUGAGCACUGAGUUGGCAGGAUUACAUACUGAAGAGUGACAAACAGUGGAUUCAUUUUUAAGGAUUUCAGUGAGAAACUUCAAUGUUAAAGAAAUUGUGUCAUUUCAGUUGAAAAUUCACCAGAUGCUUUAUUUUUCUCAUUUAUCCUUAUUUAUUUGUGCUAUCAAUCCUCACAUAACAUCACCCUCACAUUUCUUUAGGUUUUUCUGUUUUUUUUAAAAGGUUGAAAAAGAGUUGUUUUUUUUGUGAUGUUUUAUUUUUCUGUAGAUUUUCCAACCAGAUUGGAGUCCAGUGUUAACAAUGAUUUGACAUGAGAAAACCUCUGUAGGGUGUGUUUACUUUGAAGUGACAGAAAUGUUACAGUCGCCCAUCAGGGUUUUUUUCUUUUUUUUAACAUAUAUAUUAGUGCCUUUUUAACCUCCAAUUAUUUUGUGUAUAUCAAUUUACUACAACAGCAGUGACAAAGCGAUGUAUCCACCUUGCCUGAUGUCUGUGCCCUCAUUUGGGGCUCAGAUAAUUGGUAAACAUUACUUCCCUCCUCAUGUGCCUGCAAAGCAAUAAUGCUUUUAUCGGUCUUGACAACAGAAUGUUCUUUGAAAAAAUCUAUUGUUAUCUGUUUGAAUACCAUUAAAAUACUACAGAGAA